CGCUGGUUGGCCGCAGAGUUUGAGUUUCCCUUCUAGCUUUUGAUUCGACUUGAAUGAAAUCCUUCGCGUUAAGGGAUGAAUUCGGCCGUUCCUUCCUUAUAACCACUGAGAGGACAUUCAACAGCUCAGUGAGCCUGGAGGGGGUUAGAUGGGAUGGACAGCAAAGGUAGCUCCCUGCCUUCAAUGCCAGAACCAGCAAAUCCAAUCAGCAUGAAGCAGCCGCCGGAGUCCCUCAGUGUUCGUAAAGGUCGCGGGGACAUGGGCAGUGACCCCGCUCUGCUAAUGGACAAAGCUGCUGCCCAACUGGCCGCCACACUACAAGACGGAGUCCUUCAGAAGAUGGCUGGUCACAGUCACAACCACAGCCAUGAAAGACUGAAAGACCUCACCUCGCGUGUGCUUAAUGGAGACCAGGAUGCACUGCCCAAGCUUUGUGCUCCAGAACCACCCAUGCUUAAAGGUGCUGAAGCGCCAGCGACUAAUGGCACCCAUCAGCACAACUGCACUCCACAUACUGAACCUGAGCUGAAGGUGUCAAUACCCCAGGUGGUCACACAGCCGCUGUUUGAGCCAUACUGUGCUAAUGGAACUAGUCUGGCCACAUCUACUGAAGGUACUCUAUCCGGGCCUGAGCAGAGGCAUGAUGUGAAGAAAAGACGAGGAAGACCUAUCAAACCAAAACAUCAGCCCAACCUCAGCCCCUCUGCCAUCCACUCAGAGCUGCAUGAAAACACACAUGCUGUGGAUGGAACCGGAACAACACAUGAGCUUGGUCUCAUCCCAGACUUGACAGUGAAGCCCACAGAAGAGGCUCCACUGACGAUCCGUUACUCUGUUAGUGAUGUGGUUUGGACCAAGGUGUCAGGAUACCCCUGGUGGCCUUGUAUGGUGACCACAGACCCAGAACACAAUGGUCACGUCAAACAGAAACAAAAAGUAACCAACAGCAAGUCAGGCCUUCUUUACCAUGUGCAGUAUUUUGGAGAUGCCCCCGAGAGAGGCUACGUCUUUGAGAAGAACAUGGUGUCCUUUACUGGAGAGGAUCAAUACCAGGAGCUUAGCCAAGGAAACAGACAGCCAGCAUCCCGUAUGAUCCAUAAAAAGACUGCUCCCUCGGUGCCCCGUAAACUCCAGGCUCAGUGGAACAUGGGCAUCAUGCAGGCCAAGGAAGCUAUUAGUAUGUCGCCAGAUAAACGCAUGGCAAACUUCACAUUUCUUUAUGAUGAUGAAGGGCCUCAUCUGAACCCCCGCAUCCUGGAGAAAUUAAGACCACAACAGAGCGCCGAGACCAACCAGGAAACGGAGUCGCGGCUCGGCCCGGCUCUCCCUCCACUUCUGGUGGGUCCUGCAGGAGAGCCCACUGUUGAUUUCCAGUGCCAAGACUCAAGCACUUCAGCAGGGAAAAAGAUAAAAGCAUGCAGAGCAAAACCCAGAGUGGGCGGGUGGCGGAAAAUCGGCAAAGGCCCACUUGACAUCUUUAUGUCCAAGAAGAAAUCAAACGACAAAGUGUCUCUUGAAGAAACGCUUCAACUACAAUCACAGGAUCCCACCACUUCUGUACCAGACACACAAGCUGUACCUCAGAAGAAAAAGAGAGGGCCCAAACAGGCUCAGCCUUCCACCAAGGUGGUGAGGAGAAGGAAAAAGUCUGUAACGGACAAAUCAUCUGACCCUGUGAAGAAAAGGAAAUCGAAGAUUGUUUCUUCGACAGAUGAUAUUUCAGAGCCAGUUUCAGUUCCAGGUGAAAUAGUGAAGAAAAGGCGAAAGAAAAAGACUCUUGAAGAUCAGAAAACUGGUUCUUCAGUGAAGAGGGUACGGAAGAUGUCGACUAAGAGGCCAUUAACAGACGUUAUGAGUGAUAAGGAUCAGCAGCCUAAAAAGAGGCGCAAAAUGGCCAAAGAUGGUGAAAAACAGGCCUCGACUUCAGAAGUAACACAGAAAAAACAAAGACGAAGGAGGAAGAUGGACAAAGACGGAAAAGAAACCAAGAGGAGACUGAAAACGUCAAAAGGUCCUGACCUCACUGACGACCAAGACGCAGAGAAACCAAAGCGUAGGAGGAAAAGGAAGCAGGAUGGAGAGGGCCAAGCUACGCCCACCAAAACUAAGAAAAGACGAUCCUCCCCUUGUCCUGAGCCUGAGGGUUCAGGAAGUGAAGGACGUCCUGAUUCCCCGAGCGACAGCUUAGACGGGACGAAGAAAGGCGAGCGGAAGAAGGAGUUUGUCUGCCAGGUGUGUGAACAUGCAGGGGAGGACUUGGUGCCCUGUGAAGGCCAGUGCUGUGGGAUGUUUCACCUGCAAUGUCUCGGUCUGUCGCUGAAACCAGAGGACAAGCUGCUGUGUCAGGAGUGCAGCACAGGAGUCCACUCGUGUUUCACAUGUAAGCAGUCUGAGGGCGAGGUGCGACGCUGCCACGUCCCACACUGUGGCAAGUUUUACCACGAGGAGUGUGUUCGCCUCAGUCCUCUCACCGUAUUUGACAACAAAGGCUUCCGUUGCCCACUUCACACCUGCCUGAGCUGCCACUACGGCUGCCGCACCAAGCACAAGUCCACCAAGGGUAGGUUGAUGCGUUGCCUGCGCUGCCCGGUGGCAUACCACAUCGGCGAUCUGUGUGUGGCUGCAGGCAGUGAAAUGAUCACCAACACCGCCAUCGUUUGCACCAAUCACUUCAACGCCAAGAAGGCCUACAGCCACCACAGGCAUGUCAACGUGAGCUGGUGCUUCGUCUGCUCCAAAGGAGGGCAGCUGCUGUGCUGUGAGUCUUGUCCUGCAGCUUUCCACCCAGACUGCUUGAACAUCGCUAUGCCUGAUGGGAGCUGGUUCUGCAACGACUGCCGGGCGGGGAAGAAACCCAAAUACAGAGACAUAAUCUGGGUCAAACUAGGAACGUACCGAUGGUGGCCUGCAGAAAUCCACCACCCCAGAAACAUCCCCACCAACAUCCAGCACCUUCGCCACGAGAUCGGAGAGUUUCCGGUUUUCUUCUUCGGCUCCAAGGACUACUUUUGGACUCACCAGGGCCGAGUCUUCCCCUACGUGGAGGGAGACAGGGGGAGCAAACACCAGAGGACCGGCAUUGGCAAAGUCUUUAAGAAUGCUCUGAUGGAAGCCGAGGCUCGAUUCACUGAAAUAAAAAUGAAACGAGAAGCCAAGGAAGCACAAGAAAACAACCGAAAACCACCCCCGUAUAAGUUUAUCAAGGUCAACAAACCGUACGGCAGAGUUCAGGUCUACACAGCAGACAUUUCUGAGAUCCCCAAGUGUAACUGCAAACCAACGGAUGAGAGGCCGUGCGGCUUCGAGUCGGAGUGUUUGAACCGGAUGCUGCAGUACGAGUGUCAUCCUCAGGUGUGUCCCAGCGGGGAACGCUGCUGUAACCAGGACUUCACCAAACGCCUCUACCCCGAAACCAAGAUCAUCAAGACCGUCGGUAAAGGUUGGGGCCUGGUCUCCCUCCGAGACAUCAAGAAGGGUGAGUUUGUGAACGAGUACAUCGGUGAGUUGAUAGAUGAGGAGGAGUGCAGGGCGAGGAUCAAGUACGCCCAGGAGAACAACAUCACUGACUUCUACAUGCUUACCAUCGACAAGGACCGAAUCAUUGAUGCUGGACCAAAGGGAAACUACUCGCGCUUCAUGAAUCAUAGCUGUCAACCCAACUGUGAGACACAGAAAUGGACGGUGAACGGAGACACGCGAGUCGGCCUCUUCGCCGUCUGCGACAUCCCAGCAGGGACUGAACUCACCUUUAACUAUAACCUGGACUGCCUCGGUAAUGAGAAGACCGUCUGUCGCUGCGGAGCGCCAAACUGCAGCGGUUUUCUGGGUGAUCGACCCAAGAACUCAAACGGCCAAACAGCUGACCCAAAAGGGAAGAGGUUGAAGAGAAAGUAUAAGAAGAGAAAAGCUGAGGGAAAGAAGAAGUCUGAGGACGAGUGUUUCCGCUGUGGGGACGGAGGACAGCUGGUGCUCUGUGACAAGAAGACCUGCACCAAAGCCUAUCACCUGACCUGCCUGAACCUCACCAAGAGACCCUUCGGCCGCUGGGACUGUCCCUGGCAUCACUGUGACGUCUGCGGGAAGAACUCGGACGCCUUCUGCCAGCUCUGCCCCAACUCCUUCUGCAAGGCUCACCAGGAGGGGGCGCUGCGUCCCUGGCCCCCCACGGGGCAACUCUGCUGCCUGGAGCACGAAGAGUUGGAGGGAGCGGAGGCCCAGAACCAGGACGGCGCCGCGGGGACAAACGAGACCGCCGCCCCUGCCGCGACCGUCCGCCGCGCGCCCAAAGGCUCCAGGAAGACUGACGGCGCCGAGGCCAAAAGUAAGAGCUCCAAGAGGAAAGCAGCCGAGGCCUAACGCGACACCCCCCACCCACCCCACCCCCAGGUUUUCAGGUUUUUCUUUCUGCACUGAGGCGAACCAUCUGUGGUAAAGCACAAACUCUGGUUAUUCCACCAACCAAACUGCCUGUUGUUUUUUUGUUUUUGUUUUGUUUUUUCUCUCGUCUUUGUUUUAUUUCUUCCUUUAGAGUAACCGAGGAAACGCGCCGGUUUCUGCUGAACACAAACUGAACCAGUCUGAAGUAAAACUGAGCGGCUGGCGGUAGCACGUUAUUUUACCGUCCGCUAACUUGAAUUAGGGCUCAGUCCCCCCCACCCCACCCCUCGCUCACACAAUAUGGAUGAUGUUGAACAGCAGAGUUUUAUAGUUAUAUCUAUAUAUGUGUAUAUCAAAGACCAAAAGUAUGAUUACUGGAGUAGUGUAAGACAUCACACAGGUUGCCAAAUGGAUUGUUUUUAUUUUUAUAUAUAUAUAUAUAUAGUAUAUAUAUGCCAGAUUUAAUAUCAAACACCAAGACACUAUGGAUGGGCCUCAGACCACCUCUCUACUUCCGUUUGUGGCCGUAGGUUCAUCUAACUGUAGACGAGUACGUGUGUUUGCUAUUUUACAACCUGUUUCCUUUUAGUUCUCGUAGAUUUGAAUAAUUUCUUCUAUUUUGUUUUUUAUUUUUUUAUUGGUUUGCUGAAUGAUGGCACCACAAACCGUUGAUCUACCUGUUUAUCCAGAUAAUGAGGGAAAGUAUUAAAAACAAGAGCACUCGACAGAAAAAAAGAAAAAAAAAAAAACACUACUGGGAGGUUUCAACACCUUAGAUGCUCUAAGCUCGACGCUGAACCAGAUAAAUGAAGGAAAACGAGCGACUUUUUUUUUUGUUUUGUUUUUUUAAGUUUUUGCAGUUGGUCCGAACCUUAAGGUGCUGUUCAUGUUUAAGUGCUUAGAAAUGCCAGGUACAGACACCAUGCUGUUCACGCCGCCACCGGCUUUUUACUCGAUUCGCUGAGAAAACUCGGGUUUUAGCCGAGGCGUCGAAAUAAAAACCGACCUCGGCUUGUUUUAAAUCCUCAGGGGGUUUUUAGUGUCGCACCUGCUCCCCGUCUGCUGACUGAUCCUUUAACGCAUCAUCACUGGAUCACACCGUUCAACUCAUCAAUCCUCAAAGGUGGUGCUUCGGACUGGGCUCGUCAGGCUCAGACUUGUGUUUAGGGUUAGGUCUGAUUGUUUAAAGUCUGCAUGUCGGAAGGAUCUGUACUCCAGGUGUUUUACUAACAGUAGGUGGCGCUCCGUUGGAAAAGAAAAGCAAAUGAAUAGAAUAUUUUCAGCUUUACAAUCAGGUGACUCUACAACAGGGACAGCUUCUAAACAAGACUUAAUUGAUUUUGGUUUCCAUUUUAAUUAAAAUUUUCUGGACUGAAAGUAUUUUUUUCAAACUUAAAAACUUGACUCUGACUGUUGUAUAAACAUUGUACCGGUGCAAAAACACUGAAGAACUCUACUGAACUUUACCGAAUAACACCAAGAAUUUUCAGUAUUUGAUCGUCAUAACUCACUCUUCAUUUGAUUGAAAACCAGAAACUUUACAUUUUUAUUAGUUAAAAACUGAAGAUUCGGGCAACUUUUUGCUUUUGACACCACAGUUAUUAGAGUAAUUGAACUUAAUUCAGUCAUUUUUCUUUAACUUUUCAUUAGUUUUUUUGGCUCCAGGUGUUUUACUAACAGUAGGUGGCGCUCCGUUGGAAAAGAAAAGAAUAUUUUUAACUUUACCAUCAGAGGAUUCUUUACAACAGGGACAGAUUCUAAUAAAAAUAAACUCAAUGCUCAAUAUCGUACAAAUCCUUAUGGUUUUUCUGCACUGAAAGUAUUUUUUUCUAACAUAAAAACUUGACUCUGACUGUUGUAUAAAUGUUGUACCAGUGCCGCAUGCACCGACACUGAAGAACUCUGCUGAACUUUACCAAAUAACACCAGGAAUUUUCAGGAUUUGAUCAUUAUAACACUCUUCAAAGCCACCAAACUGAAGAUUCAGGCAACUUUUUGCUUUUGACACCACAGUCAUUUAGAGCAGUUUAACUUAAUUCAAUAAUUUUUUCUUUUAACUUUUCAUUAGUUUUUUUGGCUCCAGGUGUUUUACUAACAGUAGGUGGCGCUCAGUUGGAAAAGAAAAGCAAAUGAAUAGAAUAUUUUCAACUUUACUAUCGGGACAGAGUCUAAUAAAAAUAAACUCAAUGCUCAAUAUCGUACAAGUGCUUAUGGAUUUUUCUGCAAAUUAUGGAUUUUCUGCACUGAAAGUAUUUUUUUCUAACAUAAAAACUAGAGUCUGACUAUUGUAUAAAUGUUGUACCAGUGCACCGAUACUGAAGAACUCUACUGAACUUUACCGAAUAACACCAGGAAUUUUCAGGAUUUGAUCGUCGUUAUAAUUCACUCUUCAAAGCCACCGGAUGCAUUUGAUUGAAAACCAAUAAUUUUACGUUUUAUUACAGUUAAAAACUGAAGAUUCAGGCAACUUUUUGCUUUUGACACCACAGUCGGGGUAAUUUAACUUAAUUCAGUCAUUUUUCUUGAACUUUCUUUAACUUUAUUAGUCGUUUUUGCUCUAAGGUGAUCCCCCGUUUGCUGCCCUGAUGCCAGACUCCUUUGACAAAAAGUCGUUUUACCUCAUUGAACCUGAGAAUUACUGCCUCCAUUUCUUAAUUAGUUAAUUUCAAUUGAAUUCAAAAUCACAGUUUGACACAAACUAGCGAUAGAAGCAACUCCUGCGUUUGGUGGAUUUGACGAGAGCGUUUUAACGGCAUCACCUCCAGAUUAAAGAAGUCCUGACUUCAAAGUAAAGCAGUGAAAAUAUUAACAUACUGUCGCUAUCAGGCAGAAACUUCUUAUGUCUGAAACGGUUAUUUUUCCGGAAACUGGAAAAACGAUGUGUUAUCUAAAUAUAUGAAUGGAGUUCAAAGAUGUAGUCACAGGCUCUUUUCAACACUUUUCACGGGUUAAAUAUUUCUAAAACUGACCAAUAGAAUCCUUUUAUGAUCCAAAAAUGGACUUACGAGGUUUCCGCCAGACAGCGACGAUAUGCAACAUAAGGUUCAUUUAACCUGAUACUGACUGAUGUUGGUUCAUCUACUGUAAAACACUAUGAAUAAGCACAAAAUCCAGCUUUAAUGUCGAUGAUUUCAUUUUAUGCAGCACGUUAAGAAUCAUGUGUGGAGUUUGAGUUGAAUCUCAGUGAGUCGAUUCUAUAUUUAACACUUUGAGCUGAAUAUUGGCUCACUGUUUUUGUUUUCUUUUAUUUCAUUGCAGUUUUCUAUUCAAAACAAAACAAAAAAAAGUAAAGUCCUGGGUCCUGAUGCUUUUCCUAAGGCGUCAUUUUUUAUCUGUGACCCCUUAAAAUGAAUCUGCAACUGGUGCUCAUGUUGUUUUUACGUAAUUUGAGUCAUUUUACGAGAUCAAACUUUGAUUUACAGAAAAAUCUUAAUAAGCGUUCAUUAUUUUGAGACUUCUUUUUGCUGUUGCCUUAAAAAUCCUGAGAGUAGAGGCGUUGGCGUCCUUCAGUCUAACCUGAACCAAGUCUGAAGCACGAAAGCCGAGUCUAAACUGACCCUCAGAGGCCACCGUAGUCGACUGAACCCAUUGUACAUGUUUCUCUGCAUGGUGCUCCUGUUCAUCGUCUUGUUCUGAAUAUAUUUGUCAAACGUUUUUCUCCAGACUCCUGUUAUGACUUUUUUUUUUUUUUUUUCUUCCGUAAACAACGAGGCUACAAACAUUUCUUGUGCCUUUUUGUAAUUAAUCUCUGACAUCGUUAAACGUUCGACUGUUCCGUCUUGAAUCUUAAUCAAGAAUAUUUUACAACAAAGCCACUAUUACGUUCCUCUUCCUCUCUGUUGUGUUGUUAAAAUACCCCCCCCCCCCAAAAAAAAAAAAAAAAAAAACAACCCGUAUUUCAGUUGUACAGAUCAAGCAGGAGGCUGUUUUUUUUUAUAACCGCACCUUCUCGUUUAUUUUAUUUUCGUAGUGUUUUUCAUUUUUCCGGUCCAGAGGUGCAACGAAACUCGAGUAUUUUCGACUAUUUCUAUGUAACGAUCUUCAUCCUAACCUUGAUUGUGUCGAGUGAAUGUAGUCCAGUCGUUUUUGUAAGCACUGUAUUUCCCUGUAGAGCUGAAGUGUAAUGUGUGCGUAGGGGUUUCAUUCUGUAACUACUGUCAUAGUAAACCAGAGACUAAUAUGUACAUAAUGUAUAAGUGGUAAUAGUUAUGCAUCUAUUGUAAAUAUCAUACAGUAUCUUGACAGUUUUUUUUUUUGUUUUUGUUUUUUUCCCUCGACGCAGUGCUGAAACACUUUGUGCAGGAUCUCACGUCUGUUGAAUCGUGCAAUAAAAAGUGGUCGAACAUG